GGUUUUUUGGGGUUUUGCUUCUAUCUCAAACUACUGGCUAAAGAAAGCGAAAGAAAGCGAAACUCUGUACACAGAAAAAUGGAGAGAUUGAAAUGAAGAAGAAAGUCGCUCUCCCUAGCGUUCAACACUAACCUUCUUCAAAGUCAAACCUUACCCAAACUCAGGGAUGAACUCUUUCUCUUCAACUCCUGGGUUUUUUCUUUCGUUGUCACUUGGAUAGAGAUCGGGGGAAUCGGAUGAUAUUGUUUCCGAUCGCCGGCGAUCGGAGAUGCUCCUGGCAAGUGGCGGAGGUUGUUGGUGGUGAUGGUGGUGGAGGAGGAAGAGGAGGAGAAGGAGAGGAGUUGUUUGUUGAGAGGAGUGGCGUAGUGGUUGGAAGAGGAUGAGGAAGGGAAAGGGAAGGAAUAAUGGCUUGUUGCCGAAUUCGUUCAGGAUAAUUUCGUCUUGCCUCAAGACUGUUUCCGCGAAUGCUAGCAACGUUGCUUCCACUGUUCGCUCUGCUGGUGUGUCUGUCGCUGCUUCAAUCUCCACUUCUGAAGAUCAUAAAGACCAGGUAACAUGGGCUGGCUUUGAUCGCUUGGAACUUGGCCCAUCCGUCUUGAAAAAUGUUCUUUUGCUUGGUUAUCAGAAUGGUUUUCAAGUCCUUGAUGUGGACGAUGCCUCUAAUUUUACUGAAUUGGUUUCAAAGCGUGAUGGCCCAGUUUCAUUCUUACAGCUGCAACCGCUCCCUCAGGAUUCUGAUAGUGAAGAGGGAUUUAAAGCAUCACAUCCUAUGCUUUUGGUUGUUGCUGGUGAUGAUAUCAAUACUUCAGGCUUGGGUCAAAGUCCUGGUCAUCUCAGUGCAUCAGCCCAAGAUUUUCAUGCAGAGUCGCAGUCAGGAAACCCUAUCAACUCUCCUACGGCAGUUCAAUUCUAUUCCCUAAGGUCUCAUUGCUAUGUGCAUGUUUUGAGGUUCAGAUCAUCUGUGUGUAUGGUUAGAUGCAGUUCACGCAUUAUAGCUGUGGGUCUUGCAACACAAAUAUACUGCUUUGAUGCUCUUACACUUGAGAAUAAAUUCAGUGUUCUUACCUAUCCUGUUCCCCAGUUAGCAGGACAGGGAGGGGUGGGUGUCAAUGUGGGCUAUGGUCCAAUGGCUGUAGGCCCAAGGUGGCUAGCUUAUGCUUCAAAUGGUCCUUUUGUGUCUAACACAGGCUGCUUAAGCCCACAAAACCUUACCCCUUCACCUGGUAUUAGUCCAUCAACAUCACCAGGUGGCAGUAAUUUGGUUGCUCGAUAUGCCAUGGAAUCUAGCAAGCAGUUGGCAGCUGGAUUACUCAACCUGGGAGACAUGGGAUUCAAGACUUUAUCCAAGUGCUGUCAAGAGCUGCUUCCUGAUGGCUCUAAUUCGCCAGUAUCACCAAAUUCAGUUUGGAAAGUUGGUAGACCAGCAGGAACAGAUAUUGACAAUGCGGGAAUGGUUGUCAUAAAGGAUUUUGUUUCACGGGCUGUUAUUUCACAAUUUAAAGCUCAUUCAAGUGCAAUAUCUGCGUUAUGCUUUGACCCUAGUGGUACCCUUCUUGUGACUGCUUCUAUAUAUGGCAAUAACAUAAAUAUCUUUCGGAUCAUGCCAUCUCAUAAGCACACUGGAUCUGGUGCUCAGAAUUAUGACUGGAGCUCAUCUAAUGUGCAUCUUUACAAGCUACAUCGAGGAAUAACUUCAGCUAUGAUCCAAGACAUUUGCUUUAGUAAUUAUAGUCAGUGGGUUGCCAUUGUUUCCUCAAAGGGGACCUGCCAUAUUUUUGUUCUAUCCCCAUUUGGAGGUGACACUGGGUUUCAAACAGUUAAUUCUCAUGGACAAGAGCCCUCUCUAUUUCCGGUUUUGACUCUACCAUGGUGGUCUACUUCAUCUUCUGUCAUUAAUAAGCAAUCUUUGCCACCUCCACCACCUGUUUCCCUUUCUGUGGUCAGCAGGAUCAAGUACAGUAGUUUUGGAUGGCUCAACACAGUAGGCAACACUGCUGGUUCUGCAACAGGGAAAGUUUUUGUCCCUUCUGGUGCUGUUGCUUCUGUCUUUCAUAAUUCUAUUUCACACAGUCUUCAGCAUGUCAGCUCAAGAACAAACUCAUUGGAGCGUCUGCUUGUUUUUACUCCAUCUGGUCAUGUUGUUCAACAUGAGCUCCUGCCAUCAAUUGGGGUAGAGCCAGGUGACAAUGGUACAAGAACUCAGUCCACUUCAUAUGUUCAUGUUCAAGAAGAUGACUUGAGGGUGAAAGUUGAACCUCUUCAAUGGUGGGAUGUGUGUAGAAGGUCUGAUUGGCCAGAAAGAGAGGAAUGCAUAAAUCAGACAAAGUUUGGGAGACAAGAUGGUGCUGUAGUGAUUCCAAAAACAGCAGGUUGUGAGAAUACUUAUGGAAUGGAUUUUCUGGAAAUUAAUGAAAGUUUGGGUGGAAAAAAGACUUCAAAAAUGUUUUCUGUGAAGCCCCAUGAGAGAUCACACUGGUAUUUCUCAAAUGCAGAGGUGCAAGUGAACUCUGGGAGGUCACCUAUAUGGAAAAAGACAAAGAUUUCCUUCUAUAUGAUGGACUCCCCAAGAGCCAAUAAUCAAGGUGGAGGAGAAUUUGAAAUUGAGAAGGUCCCUGUCCGUGAAGUUGAAAUCAGAUUCAAGGAAUUAUUGCCUGUUUUUGACCAUUUCCAUGGUAUCAAAUCUGGUUGGAAUGAUAGAUGUUUUACUGUGGGAAAACAUCCUCAAUCUCUGGAGCCUCAUCAAGGUGAAUACAAUGUUAGACAGGAGACCAUUACUUGUCACUCAAAGCCAGCAUCCCUUAGUUCCACUGAAAGUUCUGAAGGAGGUUCAUCAAGGAGAAUGGAGAAUCUACUUGAUUUGGAUCAGAUGAACUAUGAGAAAUCUUAUCCACCAAUUUGUCAGAUUCUGAAUGAAAUUUGCCUGGUAAAAAAUGGGAGCAACUUUGUUGAGCCAUCCUUUCUGAUUGAGGAAUCCAUAACAAUUAAAUCCUCUCUGUUUGAACAUUCUGAGACUAUAAAUUCCAGUGCUGGGGAAUCCAUCAGAAAUGGUUUGCCCUCUCUAGAGAGCAAGUCAGCUCCUCCUUUAGGAGGCAUAGCUGAAGGAGCAUCAUCUUCAGAUGCUGGUGAUCUCACAAUGUUGGGUAUUAACCAUUUUGAUUCAGAUGGGAAAACUACGAUGGAGGCUCCAGCAUUUUCAACGACACAGAAUCUGGUCGGUUUGGGGGUUUUGCGGGAAGACCACUAUGAAGCAGCUUGCAACAACGAAUGCAGCAAGUUGACUGAAGUUGUAAAUGAUGAUGUUGAGAGCAGCUGUAGCCAAUCCGAGAGGGAAAAACUUGAAGAGGAUGGAGAAAAUGAUGAAAUGCUUGGUGGAAUAUUUGCCUUUUCAGAAGAAGGUUGAUCUAUGGAAGGAACUGGAUCCAUGACAUGCACUCAAAAUGUUACAAAAGGCUUGGUUCAAAGCAAAUAAACUCGCUAGCAAUUUUAUUGUUUGAUUAUAUCACGGUGCAUUGAGAAUUUGAAUAAGAGGGGUGCUUAAAGGAUUGGCAAUCAAGGCUUGAUUUUUACAGGAGCUUGCGUGCAACCAUCUCACGCUUGUACAUUUUGUAUAUCAAAACCCGAAAUGUGAAAAGGGCCAACCAACCAGUAAAACCCAGGUUUGGCAUCUGGUCCCUGUUGUGCUAUCAAGCUUUCAUAUGUACAGAUAUGUUGUGAAAAACUCUGUUUCUUUUCUACCAAGAGGGAAAAGAAAAGAAAUGAAAAGAAGGUAAAUAUAUAUUUGGUGGGUUA